UGCAAGUACUAAGCUGGAACGAGACGUAAGUUAGUGAGUAUAAAAAGAACCAAGUCGUCUUAAGAAGCAAGAGGAAGCGCGAAAGAGAAAGACUUAGCUCCACGACGAUGGUGACAACGAUUAAGGACAUAGACGAAUUACCGAAGAACCCUGCCAACUACACAGCUUUAACGCCGUUAUGGUUCUUACAAAGAGCAGCUCAAGUUCACCCAACCAGAAUCUCCAUCAUCCAUGGAUCCCGUCAUUACACGUGGCAUCACACUUACCACCGUUGCCGUCGAUUCGCCUCCGCUCUUUCUAACCGUUCUAUCGGUCCCGGAAACACUGUAGCUGUUAUUGCACCCAAUAUUCCAGCUCUUUAUGAAGCUCAUUUUGGGAUUCCAAUGGCAGGGGCUGUGAUAAACCCUGUGAACAUUAGGCUAAAUGCAUCCACAAUAGCUUUUCUUCUUGGUCAUUGCACUGCAGAAGUUGUAAUUGUGGAUCAAGAGUUCUUUUUGUUGGCAGAAGAAGCUUUGAAAAUAUGGUCUGAGAAAACAAACACAUUCAAGCCUCCAAUUUUAAUUGUCAUUGGUGAUGAAAAAUGCGACCCCAAGGAUCUUAGAUAUGCCUUGAGCAAAGGAGCUAUUGAAUAUGAAGACUUUCUUUCAAGUGGUGACCCUGAAUACGAUUGGAAACCUCCGGAGGAUGAGUGGCAGAGCAUUGCUUUGGGUUACACAUCGGGGACUACGUCUAGUCCGAAAGGUGUGGUAUUACAUCAUCGUGGAGCGUAUCUUAUGUCUCUUAGUGGAGCACUUAUUUGGGGAAUGAAUGAAGGAGCUGUAUAUCUUUGGACUCUACCCAUGUUUCAUUGCAAUGGUUGGUGCUACCCUUGGACACUUGCAGCUCUCUUUGGCACAAACAUAUGCCUCCGCCAGGUAUCAGCAAAGGCAAUAUAUGAAGCCAUUGAUAAGUACAAAGUGACUCAUUUUUGUGCAGCACCAGUGGUGCUUAACUCAAUACUUAAUGCCCCAGCUGAGGAAACCAUAUUUCCUCUACCUCAUGUUGUACACGUGAAUACAGCCGGAGCUGCUCCUCCUCCUUCUGUUCUUUCUGGCAUGUCUGAACGAGGAUUUCGUGUCACACACACUUAUGGUCUUUCAGAAACCUAUGGCCCGUCCAUUUAUUGUGCCUGGAAACCAGAGUGGGACUCACUUCCACCAGAAUCUCGAGCCCGUCUCCACGCAAGACAAGGAGUUAGGUACAUUGCCUUAGAAGGCCUAGACAUUGUGAACACAGAAACAAUGCAACCUGUUCCUGCUGAUGGUAAAACUGUUGGCGAGAUCGUGAUGCGGGGUAAUGCUGUGAUGAAAGGCUACUUAAAGAACCCUAAAGCUAAUGAAGAGUCCUUUGCUAAUGGAUGGUUUCAUUCUGGUGAUCUUGCUGUAAAGCAUCCAGAUGGAUACAUAGAAAUUAAAGACAGAUCAAAGGACAUCAUCAUCUCAGGUGCUGAAAAUAUCAGCAGUGUAGAGAUAGAGAAUACUCUAUACUCGCAUCCUGCAAUACUCGAAGCAUCGGUGGUUGCGAGGCCAGAUGAGAAAUGGGGUGAGUCUCCGUGUGCAUUUGUGACAUUGAAGCCGGGAGUGGAUAGCAGUAACGAGCAGCUUCUAGUUGAGGAUAUACUGAAGUUCUGCAGGGCCAAAAUGCCUGCUUAUUGGGUCCCGAAGUCGGUUGUCUUUGGACCGUUACCUAAGACAGCUACUGGGAAGGUACAGAAACAUCUGCUGAGGACCAAGGCAAAGGAGAUGGGGCCUGUCAAGUUGAGCAAGCUGUAAUCAUAUUAGAGCGACAAUGACGACGCAAGCUGCGAGUUCUUGUUGCUAUGUGAUGUGUCAUUAGGAUUGUAAUAAUCAGUGAGAGUUGUUGUUCUAGAAAUAAUAUAAGCUUUUGGUUGUUCUUUAAUGUAUUUCAAUGUUUUUUUUAAUCUCAUUAGCCAAUUUGGAUCCUACCUUUCAUACUAAUAUAUUUCAGAAAUACUCCUUGAUUGAAACAAAAA